CUGGCCGCAUCCUCUGAGGGCUUCUCUGAUUGUUGUCCUGGUGUCUCAGCGCUAUGGGAAGCAGGUGUCUGCCUCUGCUCUCAGGCCUCAGUGUCCUGCUGGUGCUGUCAGGGCCAGAAGUGAGGAGUCACAAAUUGCUCUCUCUUCUCUGUCCUGAAAAUGCCAGUUCCUACAACAACACCCUGUGUGCCUGUAACAACGGGUUUCAGUCAUCUGUGUCCAGGGGCAGAUACCUCACCAAGCCCAAGGAGAAAUGUGAAGAUAUUGAUGAGUGUAAGAUGAAAUCAGCAAAGUGCAAGGACAUUUCAUAUUGCAAAAACACCAUUGGGAGUUACUACUGCAGUUGUCUUUCAAGUCGUUUCUUCUACUGGUUGGGUGCUAUCUUGCCAUUGGAUUAUCCAGAGUGUUAUGAGAACUCCAGUGUGGAGACACGGCCACAAAAGGAUAUCGUGAUGAAUGUAUUGAGGAUGGCUGGAAGCGAAAGGGACAUUGCAAGAAAAGCUACUGAACUUCUCCAGGGUGUGGAACUGCAGGUUUGGAAUAGGAGUGUUCCAGAAAAGAGUGAAAAUUCUGAGCUUGGUAUAAUCUUUGAAACCAAGCGAUGUAAUGACACACACGAGAAGACGCUUCUGGAGGCUGGAAAUAACACAAUGAAGAUCGACUGUACGGAUGUUUUCAAAGGAGACACAAGAGCUGGCAGUACAGUGGCACUCAUCACGUACCAAACUCUUGGGAGUGUUCUGAACGGGUCCUUUUUCAGCGACAGGAGAGGGCUGCAGGAAGUGAAACUGAACUCCCGCAUCAUGAGCGGCACCAUCGGUGUGGGAAAAGUGUACCUGUCUAAACCUGUGCUCCUGACCUUCCAGCACACCGAGCCUGGUGGUGAAAGGACAAAACAUCUGUGUGUCUACUGGGAAGGAUCGGCGGAGGGAGGCAGCUGGUCCACAGAAGGCUGCUCCUACCUAGCCAGCAAUGACUCUCACACCAUGUGCAAGUGCUCUCACCUGUCCAGUUUUGCAGUCCUCGUGGCUCUUGUUCCCAAGGUGGACCCUGUCCUGACUGUGAUCACCUACGUGGGGCUGAGCCUUUCUCUGUUCUGCCUUCUCCUGGCAAUCAUCACCUUCUUUGUGUGCCGGACCAUCCAGAACACCAGCACCUCCCUUCACCUGCAGCUGUCCAUCUGCCUCUUCCUAGCCCACCUUCUCUUCCUCACAGGGAUUGAUCAAACUGAGCCAAAGGCGCUGUGCUCCAUCAUCGCUGGGGUGUUGCACUAUUUGUACUUGGCCGCCUUCACCUGGAUGUUCCUUGAGGGGUUGCACCUCUUCCUCACGGUCCGGAACCUAAAGGUGGCCAACUACACUGGUGCAGGCAGAUUCAAGAAGAGGUUCCUGUAUCCUAUUGGCUAUGGGAUUCCAGCUGUUAUUGUGACUGUGUCUGCAAUAGUCGGACACAAAAGCUACGGAACGUAUACUCAUUGCUGGUUCAAACUGGAGAAAGGGUUCAUCUGGAGUUUCAUGGGGCCAGUGGCCGUCAUAAUCUUGAUCAACUUGGUGUUCUACUUUCAAAUUCUAUGGAUUUUGAAAAAGAAGAUUUCCUCCCUCAAUAAAGAAGUGUCCACCAUACAGAACACUAGAGUUAUGACAUUUAAAGCCAUUGCUCAACUGUUUAUCUUGGGCUGUUCUUGGAGUCUUGGUUUUUUUAUGGUUGAAGGAGUUGGAAAGACAAUAGGAUCAGUCAUUGCUUAUAUAUUCACCAUCAUCAAUGUCCUACAGGGGGUUUUGCUUUUUGUGGUACACUGUCUUCUUAAUCGCCAGGUGCGAAUGGAAUACAAGAAAUGGUUUAGUGGGAAGAAGAAAGGGGUAGAAAUGGAAACCACCGAGAUAACUCAUUCUACUGUACAAUCCAAAGUGGAGGAACUGGGGAAGUCUUCAGAAAUGCCUCACAGAGAACAACCUUUGUACGUCUAUGCACAGCCCCACGCUCAUCUCGUCAAUGCUUCUUGGCUUAAGACACCAAAAUGAUCACUUAGGAGAUGUUUAGGGGCGCCCUAAGGAAGCAGCGCCCUAAGGAGACAGCACUCUAAGGAGUCACACUUCUCUCUCGGGUGAAAAUGAGGAAAGGCUAUGUUCUUUCUUUGGCUUCUAUCUCCCUAUGCAGAAAGGGCACGUAGGAGAAUCUAGAAUCAGAAUUCAGUAUAAUAUGUUGCAUACAACCAAGCGCUUGAGGAACAUGAGUGAUGGGUCUUCGUCAUCUAUGAUCACCUCGCCGGUGACAUACUGCCCAACAUCUGGAUUCUGUGUACACAUCUCUCUCUGGCCUCUGUUUCAUUUCAAACUCUCAGAAGUCUUGGCUUCCUUAGUUUGUCCAAAUGUGGUCGAUUUCCUUAACCUUGUGUGUUUUAGGUCCAGUCCAGAGAAGCACAAAGCCCAAGGAGUCUUCCCAGACCUGAGGAGGCAGUGAGUGCUGUGCUUAGAUGCAACCAGGCUGUGCAUCUGGGGAGUUGAGGGAAGCAAAAACCUCAAGGUGGUCUUUUAAAACUGCCCCUCUGUCACUGUGAAUAAU